AGGUUUGCUGGUUUUUGCUGAUUUUGUCACACGUAUUAAAUAGUGUCACGAAUUAUUGAUCGCAGAACACAGAGGGGAAGUUUUCCAUCUUCUUUUGUUUUUCGUUCUAUGGAUUUUCUGCAGCUACUAUCAUGGGCGUGCAUUAUAUUUACCGUCGGGAUGUUCUCGACUGGACUGACCGACCUGAAGAAGAUGAAAGCAUCACAGAGCGCAGAUAAUGUCCAGUUUCUGCCCUUUCUAACCACAUGCUUGAAUAACCUUGGCUGGCUGUACUACGGUAUGCUGAAAAAGGAUGGGACUGUUCUAUUGGUCAAUGUAAUUGGAGCCUCGCUACAGGCCCUCUAUAUCUUCAUGUACUGCUACUAUACCAAAGAGAAGAGGCGUGUGAUUAUCCAGACUCUGGCCAUGGUAACCGUGCUGUGUGUGAGCUGGGUGUAUUUUGACAUGAUAAGCCCUAAAGGAGACGCACAGCUCUCCCAGCUCGGCCUCGCCUGCAGCGUCUUCACCGUCAGCAUGUACCUGUCUCCGCUCGCUGAUCUGGUGGAUAUUAUACGCACUCAUUCGGUGGAGCGUUUGUCAUUCUCUCUCACUGUCAUGACCUUUUUGACCUCCACCUCCUGGACGCUGUACGGUCUGCAGAUACAUGACCUCUACAUCAUGGUACCCAACACGCCUGGCAUAGCCACUAGCCUAAUCCGUUUCUGUCUCUUCUGGAAGUUUGCAGCUGCCAAGCAAGACAAGCCCUAUCACAAACUCAUCCACACCUGAAACAAAGGAACGGAGUGUCAUUUACAAAGUGCCUCUCUCUCUCUCUCUCUCUCUCUCUCUCUCUCUCUUUCUUUCUUCCUUUCCUUUCUUCUCUCUCUCUACCACAUUGUCACUGCCACUUUGAGAUUCUCGUAGAAUUAAAACAUAGAAGGUGCUCUUAAUCUGUGAACGCAAACUAUGGCCGCGGUGAAAAGAACACCAAAAUUAUUAGUGGAAGUGUCCAAGAAGGAUGUUUACAAAUGUGUUACUACGUAGUGUCUGGUUGGAAUCGAUGCUCAGACAGGAGACAGAGUCUCACGCGAGAAAGACUUUGUUCUUUUUUUUUUUUUUCCUUUGGCUU